AUGGACUAUGCUCUUGAACUUCAAGCUACAAACCCAGACACAACAGUCAAAAUAGAUGUGUGUCCUAAUGGCAACCCUGCAUCCCCAACAAGGCAGUUUAGAAGGAUUUAUGUAUGCUUGGGUCCACUGAAAAAAGGUUUCAAAGCAUGUAUUAUAGACUUAGUAGGUUUGGAUGGUGCCUUCAUGAAAGGCCCAUUCCCUGGUCAGGUUCUUACAGCAGUUGGUCUAGAUUCCAACAAUGGAAUUUAUCCCUUGGCCUAUGCAAUUGUUGAGUCCGAAAACACAGCUAGCUGGAAGUGGUUUUUAGAAAACCUUGGGGAUGACUUGGAGCUUGGGAGCAACUCAAACUAUACUUUCAUAAGUGACAGGCAAAAGGGAUUACAAAUUGCAGUUGAUCAAUUGUUUCACAAUGGUGAGCAUAGGUAUUGUAUUAGACAUAUUCAUGACAAUAUGAGAAAGAAGUGGGGGCAAACUGAGUACAUGGACGAUUUAUGGAGGUGUGCAUCAGCAACCACCAUUCCUAAGUUUAAGCAUUUGAUGAAGGAGUUUAGAAGAUUUGUUUCUGAUGUGUUGAUUUCAAACAUGUGUGAAGUGUUUAAUGGGAAGAUAGAGAAAGGCAGGGACAAACCUGUAAUUUCAUGUUUAGAGUUCAUUAGGGAGUAUCUAAUGAAGAGGAUAUGCAAUGUCAUGAAGGCAGUGAAGAAGGUUAAAGGUCCACUAACACCUACAACAACAUACAUCCUAGAUGCAAGGAAAAAAGGUGCUUCACAAUAUAUUGCUAGGUGGAAUGGGGAAAACAAGUAUCAAGUCGCUGGAGCAUUGCAAGAUCAGCAUAUGGUGGAUGUUAGGAACCAAACCUGCACUUGCAGAAAAUGGGAAUUAAUGGGAAUACCUUGCAGGCAUGCAAUUACAACUCUGAAUGAAAUAAGCAAAGACCCUGAGGCUGAGCUUGACAUUUACAAGUGGGUACACAAGGUGUAUUGGCUAGAGACAUGGCAAAAAGCUUAUUCAUUUAAGGUGGAACCAAUUAAAGGGAGAUCCAUGUGGCCUAAAAGUAAUUGUCCAACAAAGCUAAUCCCUCCUCCACAUCGCACUCAGGUGGGAAGGCCUAAGAAAAAAGAAGACAAAGUGAGGGUGAAAGGUUAA